AUGCUGUUGAAACUAUUCACGGCUGCGGCGGGCCUUCUGGCCAUCCCAGCUACGCAAGCAUUCCUCGUCUCUCCUGAAAUCAGCGACGCCGAUAUCCAAGUUGCGAACACCAUCGAAAGUCUCGGCGACUUGGGCGCCGAGACCCAAGUCGUCGAUGUCGAGUGCCCCGGCUGCCCCAUCUUGGUGAGGGGAAGACGUGGCAAGAGCUUCCAGCGCAAGAUCGAUCGCCCAAGCCACCUGGAGCUGACCUUUUCCGUCGACCACCAACCCGAUCAUGACCGCCUUUUGGUCAACGGCUUCGAGUUGUAUCCAACCUCUCGUCCAUCAUUCGAACCGCUUUUGGCACCGCAAAUCGUCGAGGGCAGGAGGCGCCACCGUGGGCACGACCGGCACGACCGCGAUCACAACGAUCGCAAGCAUCGUGUGCGCCCUUCCAGGCACACGCCGCAGCCACAGCGGCUGGGAUUUACCGCGCGCGUGAGUGCUCCGAAAAAGGACGCCAACCGUCAAUUUGAGCUCGUCGAAGUUGAGCUCCAGAUUAUCGAAGUUGGCAUCGCCUUCAUCGAUGGGAUCCCCAACGUCAAGGUCACGCUGAUAAAGGAUGCGGAGGGUCGGCUGCUCAUGUCCCAAAUUGAGAAGAGCGAGCCCAAGCAGGUUCUGGAGCAUCCCAAUGGUGGUGCGGAGCAAUGCGAGACCAUGAUGUGCGAGUGGGUGGCUACGGUACGGGAGAAGCUUAAGGGUCUCAAAGGCUUCGGCCACUGCCACGGCGGCCACACGAAGGGCGGCACGGCCUCCCCUGCUCUUGGCGAAGCUCCUCACGGUCAUCCGCAUCACCACCAUCUUCCCGGUGACAAACCGAGGCCCACGCCGUUCCGGGAGCACCGCUGGGGCAAGCUGUUUAAGCACAUUGGCUCGCACAUCCUCCUUCCCGUGCUUAUUGGCAUCGUUGCCGGUGUGAGCGUUAGCUUGAUCGGCAUGGCGGUCGGCACUGUGAUUGUCUCGCUCUGGCGCGUCGUCUUCCGCCGCCGCAACGGCCAUCGUCGUCACCACUCUCACCACAACGCUGCUCACAAGGAAGCCGCUCUCGAUGAGGAGAAGUCGGGUCUGAUGGAACACGAGGACCUGCCCCCGUCGUAUGACGAAGAGACCACCAAGACAUCGCAGGCCUAA